CCCCGGCCGCCGCACCAUGCCCCGCCGAGGGGGGCUGCCGGCCCCCGCCGCCGCCCGCCGGCCCCCCCCGCUCCUCCUCCUGCGCCUCCUCCUCCUGGCCGCCCCGCUGCAGCCCGGCAGAGGUCUCAAUCUGUGCACCAGUGGAAGCGCCACGUCCUGUGAAGAGUGUCUCCUCAUCCAUCCCAAGUGUGCCUGGUGCUCCAAGGAGGAUUUCAGCAGCACGAAGUCCAUCACGUCCCGGUGUGACUUCCUGCAGAACCUGCUUGCGAACGGCUGCGCCGGAGCCAUCGAGAGCCCCAGCAGCAGCAUCAGCGUGCUGAGGAACGUGCCCCUGAGCAGCAAGGGCUCUGGCCAGAGCCACCUGGACGUCACACAGAUCACUCCUCAGAAGGUGGCCUUGAGUCUUCGCCCUGGUGACCGGACCUCGUUCCGAGUGCAGGUGAGGCAGGUGGAGGAUUACCCCGUGGACCUCUACUACCUGAUGGACCUGUCCCUGUCCAUGAACGAUGACCUGGACAACAUCCGCAACCUGGGCACCAAGCUGGCUGAGGAGAUGAGGAAGCUCACCAGCAACUUCCGUCUGGGCUUUGGCUCCUUCGUGGACAAAAACAUUUCUCCUUUCUCCUACACGGCGCCAAGAUACCAAAACAAUCCCUGCAUUGGUUACAAGCUGUUCUCCAGCUGUGUCCCCUCCUUUGGCUUCCGCCACCUGCUGUCCCUGACGGACAAAGUGGACCGUUUCAACGAGGAGGUCCGCAAACAGAAAGUGUCCCGCAACCGAGACGCUCCCGAGGGCGGCUUCGAUGCCAUUCUGCAGGCUGCUGUCUGCAAGGAGAAGAUCGGCUGGCGUAAGGAGGCAUCCCACCUGCUGGUCUUCACCACGGAUGAUGUGCCCCACAUAGCCCUGGAUGGGAAGCUGGGGGGGCUGGUGCAGCCCCACGAUGGGCAGUGCCACCUGAACGAAGCCAACGAGUACAGCGCGUCCAGCCAGCUGGAUUAUCCUUCCCUGGCACUUCUUGGGGAGAAACUUGCUGAAAACAACAUCCACCUGAUUUUCGCUGUUACAAAAAAUCAUUACAUGCUCUACAAGAACUUUACCACUUUGAUCCCUGGAACAACAGUGGAGAUUUUGCACAAAGAUUCCAAGAAUAUCAUUGAGCUGAUUGUCAAAGCCUACAACAGUAUUCGGUCCAAGGUGGAGCUCACAGUCUGGGACAGCCCUGAGGACAUUGGCUUGACCUUCACAGCCACCUGCCAGGAUGGGUUGUCCUAUCCUGGGCUCAGGAAGUGUGGGGACCUCAAAAUUGGAGAUACGCGAGGGCAAGCCCCUGUGCAGCGGCCGCGGCGAGUGCAGCUGCAACCAGUGCCAGUGCUACGAGAGCGAGUUCGGCAACAUCUACGGGCCCUUCUGCGAGUGCGACGACUUCUCCUGCGCCAGGUACAAGGGAGUCCUCUGCUCAGGUCACGGGGAGUGUCACUGCGGGGAGUGCAAGUGCCACGCGGGGUUCAUCGGGGACAACUGCAACUGCUCCACGGAGACGGACAGCUGCGUGUCCAGCGACGGGCAGAUGUGCAGCGGCCGCGGCGCCUGCGUCUGCGGGAGGUGCCAGUGCACCGAGCCCGGGGCGUUCGGAGAGACCUGCGAGAAGUGUCCCACCUGCCCCGGUGUCUGCAGCACCAAAAGGGAUUGUAUUGAGUGCAAGCUGUUUAACUCAGGAAGACUGGCUGAUAACCAAACCUGCCAAAAGCACUGCAAGGAUGAGAUCAUCACCACUGUGGAUGUUCUUGAAACAGAUGACCCCAACGCAAUCCUCUGUGCCUACCCAGUGAACAACUGCGUCAUGAAGUUCACCUACAUGGAGCUUCCCAGUGGGAAAUCCAACCUCACCGUCCUCAAGGAGCCAGCCUGCAGCUCAGCCCCCAGCGCUGUGACCAUCGUGCUGGCAGUGAUUGGCAGCGUGGUGCUGAUUGGCAUCAUCCUGCUGGCGCUCUGGAAGCUGCUCGUCACCAUCCACGACAGGCGGGAGUUCGACCGAUUCCAGAGCGAGCGUUCCCGCGCCAGAUAUGAAAUGGCAUCCAAUCCUCUCUACCGAAAGCCCAUUUCCACGCAUAACGUAGAGUUCACAUUCAACAAGCUCAACAAGUCUUACAACGGUACAGUUGACUGAAGGGGUCUCAGUGCCUGGCACUGCCAUGGACAAUUGCUUGAAUGGCUGGGCUACUUCCCCACUUGAAGACGGGAUUCUCUUCAGGGACGAGAAUCCCUUACGACGGGACUGGUCGAUGACCAAAGCCUGUGAUUUGCACAGUAAGGAGAAAGGUCUGGUUCAUUCUGGAGGCACAGAUGUGAGGGCAGGGUCCCUGCCUGUGUUGAUGGACUGUGAGCCAUGUGCAUCUCCAUACCCCAGCUUUCCAGAUGUAUUAAACCUGCCAACUAAGUGAACCAAGUGCCAUAUUGCAGCUUUAGACAUAUCCCGUUAGGAAAGGUGACUAGGUCAAAAAUCAGGGGAACCCACUCCAUCACAAGUUGUUAGGGGGGGAAUUAGCUUGGAAACAGGAUCUUGGAACCAUAUGUGUAAGAAAUUAGGAUAAAAAACUCUGCAGUCUUUAGGAAUUUUUUUAUAUAAACCCCGAAAUAAAACAGUUGUGCAUAUAUGAUGCUG